GCUUCGCUGCUUAUUCUGUUUUUUUCCCCUUCCAGAGUCGAAAUCGACUGAACGGCACGCGGCACGCAGCCCUGCGUGUGAACACCAUCCCAAAGCCCCGCAUCCAGAAAACCCAGGGCUGAGCAACGACGACGCACGAGCGCACACAAACGCACGAAGAAACGCGCGCGCGCACGCACGGUCUUCCAGAUUUGUUUUGGCGUUACGUUGACACUGACAUCACGGCGGUCCCCGCUGAAGAGAAGAGAGGAGGAGGAAAGAAAUAAAACUGGAGGAGGAAACGCGCGCGGCUCUCAGUCGCAGGCUGAGUGAGGAAGCAGAAGGACCGGCUCGGUUUUGCUGGACUGAGGCUGGAGGAGUCACAUGACAGCAGCGGAGAGGCUGAGACUGAGGCUUACAGAGAGAGAGAGAGAGAGAGAGAGAGAGAGAGAGAGAGAGAGAGAGAGAGAGAGAGAGAGAAAGAGAGAGAGAGAGAGAGAGAAAAGCGCUUCGUCUCGGCUCGCACCGCCAUUCCGUCUUUUGGGCCAUAACGCAUUUUUAUUGCAACAUUUUACUCCCGCUCGGAGACCCAGCAGAAGAGAAUGACUGGUAAGAGUCAGACCAGCAACGUGACCAACAAGAAUGACCCCCGCUCCCUCAACUCCAGAGUCUUCAUCGGCAACCUCAACACAGCCAUCGUCAAGAAGACAGACAUCGAGGUCAUCUUUGCCAAGUAUGGCAAGAUUGUGGGCUGCUCCGUGCACAAGGGCUACGCCUUCGUCCAGUACAUGAGUGAACGCAACGCUCGGGCUGCAGUUGCAGGAGAAAAUGCCAGGAUCAUAGCAGGACAGCCAUUGGAUAUAAACAUGGCAGGGGAACCCAAACCAUAUAGACCCAAAGCUGGCUCCAAACGACCGCUCUCUGCUGUCUACACUGGUUAUGAAUUUGACUAUGAUUACUACCGUGAUGACUUCUACAAUCGGCUUUUUGACUAUCACGGCCGGGUAGCCCCACCUCCACGGGCUGUCAUCCCCCUGAAGCGCUCGCGGGUUGUGGUGCCAUCCACGCGGCGAGGCAAAACGUCCUUCCCCAUCAAAACCUCCACAUCUUCAUUGUCGCGGCCAGCCUCCUCCUCAUCCUCCUUCUCCUCUGGCCUCAAGUUAAAGACAGAUCAGGUCCAGACGAUCAAGCGGGAACUAACCCAGAUCAAGAUGAAGAUCGACUCUCUCCUGGGCCGACUGGAGAAGAUAGAGAAGCAGCAGAGAGCCGAGUCUGAGGCUCAGAGGAAGUAUGAGGAUAACUGUGACUCCCUCCAUGAGGAGUCUAUAUCAGAGACAGCAGAGAACUCGGCUGAGGAGGCGGGGGAGGGGCAGCUGGAUGCUGAGGCCGGAGAGAUGACUGACGGAGGAGAGGAUGACUACGACGAAGAGGGUAGCACUGAUCUGAUAGAGAACCAUGUGUCUGACAUAGACAACUGAGGCCAUGUCAAAAGGGAAAUCAGCGCUGCUUUGAACGGUCUCUGGGGAAAAAGAAGGAAGACACGGAACUGUGAAAGAGACAAAAAAAAAACAAAAAAAAACAGAAAAAGAAAAAAAAGAACUCACAACUCCUCUUGCAGAAAGACAAUGCAGCAGGCAUGAUUGGUCCCGGUGAGAGGCAAAGCA